UCUGCAGAGCGUCCCUCAGUGUCUCUCCUCCAGAAGUCUUCCUCCUCUCCGGUCAGCUGCCACGCCACAGGUUUCUUCCCCAACAACGCCAUGAUAUACUGGAGGAAAGGAGGAGAGGAGCUUCAUGAGGGCGUGGACCUCGGAGAGGUCCUCCCCAACCACGAUGGGACCUUCCAGAUGAGCAGCGACCUGGACGUUUCAUCGGUCAAACCUGGAGACUGGGACAAGUACGAGUGUGUGUUUCAGCUCUCUGGUUUGGAGGACAUCCGCACCAAACUGGACGUAAAAAUGAUCAGGACCAACGAAGGUAAGACUUGAGUCAGAAGUGAUGAAGGUGGGAAACACACAUUUAG